UGUUCUUCUUCUUCUUCUUCUUCUCUUUCUCUCUCUUUUCUUUUCAACGUGUUUUCUGUUUUGCAUUAUCUCUGCACAAAAAUGGUGACCGCUUCAUUAGCUCGUAACAUUGUUGGAAUUAUAGGCAAUGUUAUCUCGUUCGGUUUGUUCUUCUCACCAGCUCCAACUUUCUAUAAGAUUAUAAAGCAAAAGGAUGUGGAGGAGUUCAAGCCUGACCCAUACAUAGCUACAUUAUUAAAUUGUGCAUUUUGGGUAUUCUACGGAAUGCCUUUUGUGCAUCCAAACAGCAUUUUGGUCGUUACUAUCAAUAGCGUUGGGCUUCUAUUCGAGUUCGUCUAUCUUACCAUAUUUUUUAUCUAUUCCAACAACAAAGGAAGGAAGAGGUUGAUACUUUAUGUUCUCAUAGAGGCUUUUUUCUUUGCUGCCAUCGUUCUUAUAACAAUGUUGGCACUACAUGGCACUACCAAAAGGUCUUUAGUGGUUGGUAUUAUCUGUGAUAUCUUCAACAUAAUAAUGUACGUCUCUCCUCUUACCAUCAUGGCAAAGGUUAUCAAAACAAAGAGUGUGAAAUACAUGCCAUUCUGGCUCUCUUUGACUAACUUCCUUAAUGGAGCGUGCUGGACAACAUAUGCUCUCAUCCACCCUUUUGACAUUUAUGUCCUGAUCAGCAAUGGUAUUGGAGUUAUCUCUGGACUUGUUCAGCUCAUACUAUAUGCUUAUUACUGGUUCAACGGAGAAAACAAAGAUGAUGAUGAUGGUGAUCAUGUUCCAAAUCCAACUGUGUCUGCAAUCUGAUCUCAAUAUGGCCCUUCUGUUCUUUUAAAAAAAUAUUAGGAUGACAUUAUUAUUACAAACUUUGUAAAUAUUCACUUGUUGCGUGCAUGUGAAAUUCUUUGAAUAAUUAUUGAGUUUUUCCAAGCAA